AUGGACGAUUACAGUCGUUUUGGGGGUGCUACCUCAACUUUACCUCAGUUCGAUGCCCACAACGCUGGUUCUCACACCGCGGGACAGGGUGGUUACUCAGAGUACGCUCAGCCAGCAGCGCAAUAUCAAUUACCACCGCGCUAUUCGACUGUCGUCGGGACAAAGGAAGGGCUUGAUGCUAAUCGAGCAUGGUACAAUCCGCGAGGCUGGUCAUUAAGGAAGAAAUUAAUCGUCGCGGGCUGCGUCGUGGUUGUGAUUGUUGCAGUGGUUGUCGGAGCUGUUGAAGGCGUUAAGCGCAAUGCAUACCCGGACUAUUCGAAACUUAAUUAUACUUUGAAAGACACAUACUCAGGAACCAACUUUUUUGAUAACUUCGCAUAUUACACAUCGACUGAUCCAACAGAUGGCUUCGUACAAUACGUGGAUUCAUCGACAGCGUCAUCCAUGAAUUUAACAUAUGCCUCUGAAGAUUCAGCUGUAAUCAGAGUCGAUACCGAUACUCAAAAUCAAACGAAUGGUCGCAUGUCUGUGCGUUUAACAUCAAACAAUCAGUACGAUGACGGGCUUUUUAUCUUCGAUGUGGUUCACACACCGUAUGGAUGUGCAACAUGGCCAGCUCUAUGGCUGACUGAUCCGGACAAUUGGCCAGAGAAUGGUGAAAUCGAUGUAAUGGAGUCAAAUAACAAAGGCACCCACGGAAAUGCGAUGACGCUACACACCUCCCAAAGCUGCAAAAUGAACGUCAAGCGCAAAGAGACCGGAAGUGCACAGCACUCAAACUGCUUGUAUAGCGCAAACGAUGAGACCGGUUGUAGCGUUGAAGGAAAGAAGGCAUCAUAUGGAGAAGAGUUCAACAAUAAUGGCGGUGGAGUGUACGCGAUGGAGCUGCGAGAUGCUGGAAUUCGAGUCUGGAUGUUCGCCCGCGAUAAUAUCCCUAAUGAUAUUUCCAACUCAAGCGGCAUUCCCGACCCUUCAUCAUGGGGCGAGGCGUUGGCAGACUUCCCCAGCACGAACUGCGAUAUUAGUUCGCAUUUCAAAAACCAAAGUAUCAUUGCCAACAUUGAUAUUUGUGGUGAUAUGGCCGGUGCAAACACCUACUAUAAGGAGCUUUACGACUGUCCUUCGUCAUGCACCGAAUGGGCUGCGGAAAACGGGGCAAAUUUCACGAAUGCCUAUUGGGAGUUCAAUAGCUUCAAGGUUUAUCAGUCCUCAUGA